GCGGCGGGGCGCGCGGGAUGGAGCAGGCUUGGGAGGCUGCACCCGGAGGCCAAGCCGGGGCCGAGCUCCCAAUGGAGCCCGUGGGAAGCCUGGUCCCCAGGCUGGAGCAGCCGCAGGUGCCCGCGAAGGUGCGACAACCUGAAGGUCCCGAAAGCAGCCCGAGUCCGGCCGGGGCCGUGGAGAAGGCGGCGGGCGCAGGCCUGGAGCCCUCGAGCAAGAAAAAGCUGCCUUCGCCUCGCCCCGGGUUCCCGCGCGUGCCGCCGCUCAGCCUGGGCUACGGGGUCUGCCCCGAGCCGCCGUCGCCGGGCCCAGCCUUGGUCAAGCUGCCCCGGAAUGGCGAGGCGCCCGGGGCUGAGCCUGCGCCCAGCGCCUGGGCGCCCAUGGAGCUGCAGGUAGAUGUGCGUGUGAAGCCCGUGGGCGCGGCCGGUGGCAGCAGCACGCCGUCGCCCAGGCCCUCCACGCGCUUCCUCACGGUGCCGGUGCCCGAGUCCCCCGCCUUCUCCCGCCACGCGGACCUGGCGCACCAGCGCCUGCUGCGCGCACCGUCCCAGGGCGGCACGUGGGGCCGCCGCUCGCCGCUGGCUGCAGCCCGGACGGAGAGCGGCUGCGACGCAGAGGGCCGGGCCAGCCCCGCGGAAGGAAGCGCCGGCUCCCCGGGCUCCCCCACGUGCUGCCGCUGCAAGGAGCUGGGACUGGAGAAGGAGGAUGCGGCGCUGUUGCCCCGCGCGGGGUUGGACGGCGACGAGAAGCUGCCCCGGGCCGUAACGCUUACGGGGCUACCCAUGUAUGUGAAGUCCCUGUACUGGGCCCUGGCAUUCAUGGCUGUGCUCCUGGCAGUCUCUGGGGUUGUCAUUGUGGUCCUGGCCUCAAGAGCAGGAGCCAGAUGCCAGCAAUGCCCCCCAGGCUGGGUGUUGUCCGAGGAGCGCUGUUACUACUUCUCUGCAGAAGCGCAGGCCUGGGAAGCCAGCCAGGCUUUCUGCUCAGCCUACCACGCUACCCUCCCCCUGCUAAGCCACACCCAGACUCCCUGAGGACGGCGAGGACAACCUGGAUAUCAACUGCGGGGCCCUGGAGGAAGGCAUGCUGGUGGCUGCAAACUGCAGCACUCCAAGACCCUGGGUCUGUGCCAAGGGGACCCAGUGAUCUGGGCUCUGCCUAUCCUCAGCCUGCCAGGCAGAUGCAGCACCCCCAACAGGGAGGCCAGUUGAGAGCUUGGGCAGCCUCUUCCUGGACCCAGGCAUCCAGGUCUCCCUGCUCUGCUCAAGGGGGCCACAUGAGCGAGCCUAGGAGCUGGACUUCAACCCAGGAAGAUGCAUCCGAGGGAAAGGAGAUUUUCUAUGGCCUCAGGCCUGAGUGCCAGUAUUAGUCUCCAGCUUCUGUGGAUGAUUGGUUUGAUGACAUUGGGAUGGUUGUUUAGCAUUUCUGUGCCUUGGUUUCAUUAAAAUGACAAUUUCUCUCUAGAGGAAAAAGACAGGGUUAACAACCACAGCAGAUUCCAAUCUGGGUUCUCAUUCCGGCUCAUGGAAACGAGUCUGCCAUUGUUUGGUGGCAGUGGGACUUGGCAGGGAUAACGUCAUCGCUGUGAAUUCUGUUUCAGGCAGCUGGGUGUACAUCGGACACAGCCUACCGGCAGCCUCUGUGGAAAAUUAAUCAAGGAAAAGGAGCGGUCAGCUCUGGAAGGAGGGGAGAGCGAGGUUUUCCUUCCCCGCCCUGAGAGUUGGCAAAGGGUUGGCAGACAGGAAGGUUCUGGGUGGAGAUCCCGCAUGUGGGCUGGCCAGCCCCUGGCACGCUGAUGCCCAAAGGUGAGACAAGGCAGACAGGACAGGGCCACCUGGCAGGAGAAGCCAGGGGAGCACCCCAGCUUGGUAGGUAGAAGCUGAGGAGUCUGAGUGAGAAAGGAAAUCAGAGAAAUGCGGGCAGGUUCCAGGCAGCUCUUCUACCCACAGCUGCAGAGAUGACCAGCCUGAAGAUGUCUCCAUGCUGGGGUGCAGUGAAGACCUUCAGGCUGGAGGAUGUGGCUGACAGAGUUGUAUAGUCCCUUGAGUCCAGCUAGAUCUCCAAACAGCAGGAGCCUGGGCCUGUGUGUUAGCUUGGUGUGAGCACCCACUCAACUGGCCCUUGCAAGCCAGCCUUCCCUCUAAAGUCAGACCACACACCCAGAUCCCUCCCAAACAGAAAUCCUUAUUGGUGCGUUUGAACCAGUAAUGGGCCGUCUGGGAGAAUGGGAUGGAGAGUCCUAGAUGGGAGAAAUUUCUCACACUCUAUUUUUCAUUAGUAUUAUUAUACUUAAAGUUCUGGGGUACGUGUGCAGAACGUGCAGGUUUGUUACGUAGGUAUACACAUGCCAUGGUGGUUUGCUGCACCCAUCAACUUGUCAUCUACAUUAGAAAUUUCUCCUAAUGCUAUCCCUCCCUUCUCACACUCCUGAAAGUAGUAACAAGAAGGGAAAUGGAGGCUGGGCAUGGUGGCUCAUGCCUGUAAUCCCAGCACUUUGGGAGGCCGAGGUGGGCGAAUCCCAAGGUCAGGAGUUCGAGACCAGCCUUCCAGCCUGGCCAACAUGGUGAAACCCUGUCUCUACUAAGAACAAAAAAUUAGCUGGGCGUGGUGGUGGGUGCCUGUAAUUCUAGCUACUCAGGAGGCUGGGGCAGGAGAAUUGCUUGAACCCAGGAGGUGGAGGUUGCAGUGAGCCAAGAUUGUGCCACUGCACUCCAGCCCGAGUGACAAUGCAAGACUCUGUCUCAAAAAAAAAAAAAAAAAAAAGACAUGGAAAUUCCCUGGCUGGACGUGAAAUGGAUGGCUCAUGUGGGGCAGGCGCCAAUCAAAAUACAUCCUAUGUGGGCAGGAAGCUGUGUAUGUUACUGCCCCCAUCCCCUGCCAUGUGUUCCCAGGGUCUGUGCCUGGAGAAAUGACACAUCUGUAGGUUAUGAGUAUACAGAACCUUAUCUAACCUUCUCAGUACCUUUUAGAGAAGGGAAGUGUUGUACUCAGUGUCGCCCAGCUAGAAAGUGGAAGGUCUAGAAUGAAACCCACUUGCUGUCUGACUCCAAAGGCCACACUCUUUCCAUCCCAGCAUGCAGUAGAGGAAUCUAGAAAGGUAUUAGUGGCAGCCGAGUGGGAAGCCUUCAGGUGGAGUGAGGGAGAAAGGAGGUACCAAGUUGUUUCACACUUGUGAUAAUCCACUCCCUCGGUUAUCUGUUGCUUUACAACAAAAAAAACACUUUUUUUUGAGGCGGAGUCUCGCUCUGUCGCCAGGCUGGAGCGCAGUGUCACUAUCUCGGCUCACCGCAACCUCCGCCUCCCGGGUUCCAGUGAUUCUCCUGCCUCAGCCUCCCGAAUAGCUGGGACUAUAGGCGUCUACCACCAUGCCCAGCUAAUUUUUUCAUUUUUAGUAGAGAUGGGGUUUCACCAUGUUGGCCAGGCUGGUCUCGAACUCCUAACCUCAGGUGAUCUGCCUGCCUCAGCCUCCCAAAGUGCUGGGAUUACAGGCGUGAGCCACGGUGCACAGCCUGCUUUAUAACAAAUUGUC